AUGGCCUGUACUCUCAUCCCAAUAAACCUAUCCGACCCAUCCGAGGAAGGGGAGCUCCAACAGCAACGCACCGUCUGCGGCUGGGACAACACACCAGAGCACAUCGCUAGCUGGCGCGAAAAGCAAGAAGCCGGCCUCAAGUCCUUCUUCUGGAUCACUACAUCAACCAAGCCUACGGGCCACUCUCCGAGCGACCCAGAAAUACCGAUCCGCGCCGGCCACAUCUCACUGGACGCCUAUGCCGAGCCUGCAGAUUGGGAACUCGCGAAUGCCGACAAGACGAGAGUGACCGUGCAGACCUUCUUUAUUCUCCCGGAACAUCGAUCAUCUGGGCUUGGUGGUUCUGCGAUGCGGCAGAUCGCGGCCCUGGCGACGCAGGAGCCGUUUGGGAGUGCGCAGUGUGAAUAUAUCACGCUGAAUUGUCUGAGCAAGAAGCAUUAUUAUGAUGAGGUCUUGGGCCCUCUUGCGCGCAAGAUAAUGCCGAUUUGCAACCAGGAGUGGUAUGAGAGGCAGGGGUAUGUUGCUUGGAAGGUGGAACCGCGGUAUAAGGAGGUCUUGAUGGAUGGGAGCACGCGGUUUUUUAAUGCGGCCUUUUUGAGGAAGAGAGUCAACCGAAGUUGA